AUGAAACGCCAGGAAGCCUCGUUUGAGGUUGGAGACAAAGUUUUGGCCAUACAGCACGUGUUGACACACCUGUGGAAGCACAAGUCCAGGCAACUCACAUGCUCACACCUGUGCUGUGCUCAUCCCAUCUCACACUCCCAUCAACUCAUCCCAUCUCACACUCCCAUCCCCUCAUACCAUCUCACACUCCCAUCCCCUCAUCCCAUCUCACACUCCCAUCACCUCAUCCCAUCCCACACUCCCAUCCCCUCAUCCCAUCUCACACUCCCAUCACCUCAUCCCAUCUCACACUCCCAUCCCCUCAUCCCAUCUCACACUCCCAUCACCUCAUCCCAUCUAACACUCCCAUCCCCUCAUCCCAUCUCACACUCCCAUCCCCUCAUCCCAUCUCACACUCCCAUCAUCAUCCCAUCUCACAUUCCCAUCCCCUCAUCCCAUCUCACACUCCCAUCAACUCAUCCCAUCUCACACUCCCAUCCCCUCAUCCUAUCUCACACUCCCAUCCCCUCAUCCCAUCUCACACUCCCAUCACCUCAUCCCAACCCACACUCCCAUCCCCUCAUCCCAUCUCACACUCCCAUCACCUCAUCCCAUCUCACACUCCCAUCCCCUCAUCCCAUCUCACACUCCCAUCACCUCAUCCCAUCUAAAACUCCCAUCCCCUCAUCCCAUCUCACACUCCCAUCACCUCAUCCCAUCUCACACUCCCAUCCCCUCAUCCCAUCUCACACUCCCAUCCCCUCAUCCCAUCUCACACUCCCAUCAACUCAUCCCAUCUCACACUCCCAUCCCCUCAUCCCAUCUCACACUCCCAUCCCCUCAUCCCAUCUCACACUCCCAUCACCUCAUCCCAUCUCACACUCCCAUCACCUCAUCCCAUCUCACACUCCCAUCAACUCAUCCCAUCUCACACUCCCAUCCCCUCAACCCAUCUCACACUCCCAUCACCUCAUCCCAUCUAACACUCCCAUCCCCUCAUCCCAUCUCACACUCCCAUCCCCUCAUUCCAUCUCACACUCCCAUCACCUCAUCCCAUCUCACACUCCCAUCACCUCAUCCCAUCUCACACUCCCAUCACCUCAUCCCAUCUCACACUCCCAUCCCCUCAUCCCAUCUUACACUCCCAUCCCCUCAUCCCUUCUCACACUCCCAUCACCUCAUCCCAUCUCACACUCCCAUCACCUCAUCCCAUCUCACACUCCCAUCCCCUCAUCCCAUCUCACACUCCCAUCACCUCAUCCCAUCUCACACUCCCAUCACCUCAUCCUAUCUCACACUCCCAUCACCUCAUCCCAUCCCACACUCCCAUCCCCUCAUCCCAUCUCACACUCCCAUCACCUCAUCCCAUCUCACACUCCCAUCACCUCAUCCCAUCUCACACUCCCAUCACCCCAUCCCAUCUCACACUCCCAUCCCCUCAUCCCAUCUUACACUCCCAUUCCCUAA